CUUGAUAUUAUAAACAUCGUUUCUUCAUCCUUUGCAAUUUGCUCCAGUUGAGACUUACAAUACUUCUUCUUUUCACAAGCGUGAAGCAAAUUUUCUGGAUUCUCGAUUCAGUAAUCUGAAAAUAUGGCACCAAAUAUUUCAAGCACAUAUUCAAAAAUACUUAUGGAGGAAAAUACACAAAAUGAAAAACCUUCGAUUACUACAAAGACGCUAGAUAAUAAAAAUGACAAACAAAACAGAAGCAAGAGCUAUACGAAAAGCUGGUUUAUGACAGAGCUGAAAUGGUUUAACAUCUUACUUUUUAGUUUUCUCCACUUAUACUUCGUAUAUGCCUGUUUUACUUUUAACUUUUUCGAAAAUCUGUUAACGACAACUUGGUGGUAUGUUAUGGGUUCUAUGACAGGAAUAGGCACCACUGCUGGUGUUCAUCGUUUAUGGACUCACAAAGCUUAUAAGGCAAAAUGGCAGCUUAGAACUAUACUUGCUAUUUUCUAUGUUUCAGCAGGCAUGAAUAACAUUUAUCAAUGGGUACGAGAUCAUCGAAUACAUCACAAAUACACGGAUACGAAUGCAGAUCCGCACAAUAGUAACCGAGGAUUCUUUUUUUCCCAUGUUGGUUGGUUGAUGAUGAAGAAACAUUCAGAUGUGAUUGAAAAGGGUCGUCAAAUUGACAUGAGCGAUAUAUUGGCUGAUCCUAUUGCUGUAUUUAGUAUCAAAUAUUUCUCGAUAUUAAAAUUUACAUUUGCUUUUCUGCUUCCGAUAAUGUUACCUGUGUAUGGAUGGAAUGAGACUUGGUACAGAGCUUUCGCAUCGCAGAUUAUUCGUUAUGUACUCAUUUUAAAUUUUACAUGGAGCGUCAACAGUGCGGCUCAUAUUUGGGGUUCAAAGCCGUAUGAUGCGCACAUAAAUCCAACGGAGAACCGAUGGGUCAGCCUUGUUACUCAUGGUGAAGGAUGGCACAAUUACCAUCAUGUCUUUCCAUGGGACUAUAAGGCUUCCGAGUUGUUUCACAAUUCCAUAACCACAAAUUUCAUCAAUUUUUUUGCAAAAAUCGGGUGGGCGUAUGAUCUCAAGCAACCGUCGCAAGAGAUUGUAAAGACUAUCGCGAUGAAAAAGGGUGAAGGAAGCCAUUCUUUAUGGAAUGCUGUACCAGAUCCAGCUUGUAAAACUGAAUAAUAAAAACGAUUAAGAGUUGUCUUGCGAUAG